UGUUGCCAUCUUCCAUUCCUUUUCCCCAAGAUCCCAAGUCCCCAGCUUCUCCUCCCUCAGACCCAGGAGUCCCUGCCCCCAGCCCCCUCCACCCUGAGAUUCCUACUCAGACUCUGAGCAUCUAUCUGCUAAUUCACUUUUCCUCCCCUGCAGCCAUGUGGCCCCCCAGCCAUCGUCACCUCUGUCUGGCCUUCCUAGUAGUCUGUGUUCUCUCAGCAAUCUCCUUCUUCCUACACAUCCACCAAGACCUCUUUUUAAGUGGCCUAGACCUGUCUGUCCUGUGUCCAUACCGCUGCCUGGGGACGUCCCCAGUGGCCAUCUUCUGCCUCUCGGGCACACCGGUGACCACCAACACCUGCUGUUCCUAUCCCCAGCGCCCUGCCUCCCUCUCUGGAACCUGGACCAUCUACUCAGAUGGCCGGUUUGGUAACCAGAUGGGGCAGUAUGCCACCCUGCUUGCCCUGGCCCAGCUCAAUGGCCGCCAGGCCUUCAUCCUGCCUGCUAUGCACGCUGCCUUGGCCCCCGUGUUCCGCAUCACUCUGCCCACGCUGGCGCCAGAGGUGGACAAGCACACGCCUUGGCGAAAGCUGAAACUCCACGACUGGAUGUCCGAGGAGUAUGCCCACUUGAAGGACACCCACUUGAAGCUCUUUGGCUUCCCCUGCUCCUGGACCUUCUUCCACCAUAUCCGGGAACAGAUACGCAGCGAGUUCACGCUCCAUGAGCACCUUCGGGAGGAGGCCCAGAGAAUACUGAGGCCGCUCCGCCUGGGCCGCACUGGGAACCCCCCGCGAACCUUUGUGGGGGUCCACGUGCGUCGUGGGGACUAUCUGCAGAUCAUGCCCCACCACUGGAAGGGUGUGGUGGGUGACCGUGCUUACCUCCAGCAGGCCAUGGACUGGUUCCGGGCACGGCAUGAGGCCCCCAUCUUUGUGGUCACCAGCAACGGCAUGGAGUGGUGCCAGGAGAACAUUGACACCUCCCAGGGGGACGUGAUUUUUGCUGGCAAUGGGCAGGAGGGCUCACCAGGGAGGGACUUUGCACUGCUCAUGCAGUGCAACCACACCAUCAUGACCAUCGGCACCUUUGGCUUCUGGGCUGCCUACCUGGCUGGAGGAGACACUGUCUACCUUGCUAACUUCACCCUGCCGGACUCCAACUUCCUAAAGAUCUUUAAGCCAGAGGCUGCCUUCCUGCCUGAGUGGGUGGGCAUUGCCGCAGACCUGUCUCCACUCCAGAUGUAGGCAGGGACUUUCUGGAGUAUCUUGGUUAAUCUAGAGCUGGCAGUAUGCAUCUCCUGAGACCUGGCAGCUUCUGGAGAAGUGUGUGGUGUUUCUGGAGCACAUGGGCACCACACCUUCCCCUACCCAGAGUGAUUCUAAUUUGCCAGGCUUUGAGAUGUGGCAGGGGAGUGGCUUUCUGGAACUGCCGGCACAUUCUAGAGCUAACAGAAUAUUUUUUCCUGACUGCUAGCAAUCUCUGGAGCUCGUGACAGUUCUAGUGUCCACCUGCUCUUCUCAGCCCAUAUCCAAGUACUUCUAGAAGGCUACCUCCCAGGAAGCAGGGUAUCCUCUACUGUUAACCAUCUUUGUGUUUUCUAGAAAAGGUGGCGUUCCUCCCCUGAGUCCUAGGAGAACUGAUGGAAUUUGGUCCUUCAGUGGUUGUUCUAGAGCAAGCAUGCAACAGCUCUUCUCUUCAUGUUUCUGGAAUGCUUCUAGAGGGGAUUUUACUCUAGAGUGGGUCAGGUAUGAUGCCUGUGAAGAGCCCUGCAGGGCCCUUCAAGAAAGAAUGAGUUCUGGAAUUCCAGAUAACUUCAAGGAAGAAUUUAAUGCAAGUACAAGCAGAAGGUUAACAUGCCAUCACUGCCAGAAAGAUUGAGAGUUGGGAGAUAAAUUCUCUAGCUGGCCAGCAGGAGCCCUGGUGGUGCAGUGGUCAGGGGCUCAGCAGCUAACCAAAAGGUCAGCUCUGUGUGACAAAGAUGUGGCAGUCUGCUUCCAUAAAAAUUACAGCCCUAGAAAUCUAUGGGGCAGUUCUACUCUGUCCUAUAGGGUCACUAUGAGUUGAAACCGA